AUGGCACCAGAAUUUCCUGUAGUUAUUAUGGACAAUGGAACAGGAUUGACAAAAAUAGGUUUUUCUGGAAAUGAAUCACCUUCUUAUGUUUUCCCUACUGUUAUUACAACUUUACAGACACCUGGAGUGGGAUCUGGACGAUCUGUCUCUUCAUCAAAAUCUGCCUUCCUAAAUACAAAUUCAUCAUUAACAAGUCUCUCAAGUAGACGUGGAGCAGAAGACCUUGAUUUCUACAUUGGCAAUGAAGCAUUAGAACAUGCAAAUGGAUUGAAAUAUGGUUUGUGUUAUCCUAUCCGUCAUGGGUUAAUUGAAGCCUGGGACCAUAUGGAACGAUUUUGGCAGCAAAGUAUUUUCAAGUAUUUAAAAUGUGAACCAGAAGAUCAUUAUUUUCUUUUGACAGAGCCCCCACUUAACCCUCCUGAAAACAGAGAACACACUGCAGAAAUUAUGUUUGAGUCAUUUAAUUGCUCUGGUCUCUAUAUUGCAGUUCAAGCUGUUCUUGCACUUGCUGCUUCAUGGACUUCUUCUAAAAUCCAUAGCCGAUCUCUUACAGGGACGGUAAUUGAUUCGGGAGAUGGCGUAACACAUGUAACGCCUGUUGCGGAUGGAUAUGUUAUUGGGUCUGCACUUAAACACAUUCCUAUUGCAGGAAGAGAUAUUACAUAUUUUAUUCAAUCUCUUUUACGCGAUCGCAAUGAACCAGAUACCUCUUUAAAAAUAGCAGAAAAAAUCAAAGAAGAAUAUUCAUAUGUAUGUUCCGAUAUGAUUAAGGAAUUUAAUAGAUAUGAUAAAGAACCAGAUAGGUUCCGAAAAUAUAUUGUAGAAUCACCGUUAGAUAAAAAAGUGGUAAUAGAUGUUGGAUACGAAAGAUUUCUUGGGCCAGAAAUUUUUUUUCAUCCCGAAAUAGCAUCAUCAGACUUUCUAACACCUUUGCCUGAAGUUGUAGAUAGUGUAAUUCAAGGAUCCCCUAUUGAUGUUCGACGUGGUUUGUAUAAGAAUAUUGUUCUUUCUGGAGGAUCAACAAUGUUUAAAGAUUUCGGCAGACGAUUGCAAAGAGAUAUUAAACAUAUUGUUGAUGCCCGUAUUAAGAAAAGUGAGGAACACUCGCAUGCUAAAAGUGGAGGACUCGAAGUAAAUGUCGUUUCACAUAAAAAACAAAGAAACGCCGUUUUUGUCGGCGCAAGCUUAAUAUCACAAGCGCCUGAAUUUUUAUCAUAUUGUUAUACAAAAAAAGAUUAUGAAGAAUAUGGUCCUGGAAUUGUAAGAAGAUUUGCAAUUUUUGAAUCCUUUUUAUGA